AUGUUCGGAUCAUUUAAUAUAAAUGAUAAAUUAAAUGUCACAAUAAAUCCAUUUGCAUUGAAUCAAGAKUUUUCGAUUAUAUAUGUGGAUAAUCCCGUGGGAACAGGAUUUAGUUAUACAGAUAAUCCCGAUGGCUAUUCAACAGAUCAGUUGACUAUUGCUAAAAAUUUAUAUGAAUUUCUACAACAAUUUUACACUGUAUUUGAUGACUACCGGAGCAAUGAUUUAUAUUUAGGUGGAAUGUCUUAUGCGGGAAAAUAUGUGCCAUCAUUUGGUCACUACUUAAUACAAAUGUCUGAAAUUUCUAAACUCAAUUUCAAAGGCAUACUCGUUGGCAACGGUAUGACUGAUCCCAACACUCAGGCAGCAUAUGAUCAAACACUGUUGAGUUUAGGAUUAAUCGAURAAAAUGAGGCCAAAGAAGUUCAACGAUUGCAACAAAAUUUAAAAACAUUAAUAAAAUUAAAGGCUUAUCGCAAAGCAUCGGAAAUAUUUGAAGAGUUAGUGAUAUCAGCAAGAAAUCCCAGUUAUCUAACCAAUGCAACCAAUUAUCAAAUGUUAUACAAUAUUGAAGAUUCGGGUAAUUUAUUUGCGUCUACRGUAUAUAUUGACCAAUAUUUGGCCCAACCGUCGGUUCGCAGUGCUAUAYAUGUCGGUAAUGUUGUCUAUAAUAUGUCGAGUCCUGUAGUUUUAGAGUAUAUGUUUGAAGAUAUUAGCCGAUCGGCUGAACCAAAUUUGACGGCAAUCAUAGACAACGGAUACAAAGUAUUGUUAUUUACCGGUAAUUUUGAUAUUAUUGUUGGCGUCGAGUCUACCAAUGGAUUACUAAUGAAUCAAAAUUGGAAAUAUUAUAACGAUUACAAUAAAGCCAAACGAAACAUUUGGAGAGUCAAUACAAACGAUACACAAAUAGCCGGUUAUGCAAAAAGUUUCGGUAAUUUUACUCACGUUAUCGUACGUAAUGCCGGUCACGUUUCACUGGCAGACCAGCCCAGGGCUACACAGGAUAUGGCCAUUAGAUUUGUUAAAUCUCUGCCGUUUGAACACUAA